CUUCCUAAUCAUAGUUUUAAGAUUUUAGAAUUAUUUUCAGGAAUCCCUGCUUGGUUAUUGAGAAAUGGAUUUGCAUUUCCUCAUUCUGUUUUCACUCUCUCUCAUCGAUUUUCUCUCGCCAGCUUAUGGGUAUGAUCCAUUGGAUCCAAAUGGUAACAUCACAAUCAAAUGGGAUGUCUUGGUAAAGAAUGAAGAUGGCAACCAAAAUAUACAAGUGUCGAUAUUGAAUUACCAACUCUAUCGACACAUCGAGUUACCAGGUUGGAGACUAAGUUGGGGUUGGCAAAACCAAGAGGUAAUAUGGGACAUGUCAGGGUCCGAAGCGACUGAGCAAGGAAAUUGUUCCACGUUUCUUGGCUCGAAGAAACCACAUUGUUGUCUUCAGAAUCCUGUUAUUGUCGAUCUUUUGCCUGGGACACCUUUCAAUAAACAAGUUUCCAAUUGUUGUAAAGGCGGUGUCCUUCCUUCUUUUGUUCAAGGACCCGGUAAGUUUGGAUCCUCAUUUUUAAUGACUAUUGGCUCGGGUGCUCCAAGCUCCACGCCACCCAAAGGGAAUGUUAAGGUUGGAGUUGGAAUUCCGACUAACUUCUCCCUCGGCGUUCCUGGAUAUUCGUGUGGUGAAGCACAUCUUGUUCCUCCUAGUAAAUUCUAUUCCGAUAAUGGUCGUCGAACCACCGAAGCUGUAGCUACAUACAAUGUUACAUGUUCCUACUCACAAUUCCUAUCAUCGCCGUCUCCAAAAUGUUGUGUUUCGUUAUCAGCAUUUUACAACGAAUCGAUAAUCCCAUGCCCUCGUUGUAGUUGUGGCUGCCAAGGACAAGCCGGACUUAAAUGUGUAAAGUCUGGGGAGACACCGCCAGUGUUACAAAUGCCGACGGAUGAUAACACACCACCACCAGAUCCAUUGGUGGUGUGUACGAGACACAUGUGCCCUAUACGUGUCCAUUGGCACGUGAAAGUGAGCUAUAAAGAGUAUUGGAGGGUGAAAAUGACAAUUACAAACAUGAAUUAUGUGAAGAACUAUAGUGAAUGGAAUUUGGAGGUUCUUCAUCCUAGUCUUCAAGGGCUAACACAAGUUUUCAGCUUUAACUAUAAGCCUCUCAAUCAGCAUGGAAAUUUCAAUGAUACAGGGAUGUUCUAUGGGAUUAAGUUCUAUAAUGAUAUGUUAUCGCAAGCUGGUGAAAAUGGGAAUGUACAAACGGAGAUUUUAUUGAGAAAAGAUCCCGGAAACUUCACUUUUCGAGAUGGUUGGGCUUUUCCAAGGAGAAUAUAUUUCAAUGGAGAUGAAUGUGUUAUGCCAGCUCCAGAUGAUUAUCCAAUGAUGCCAAGUAGAGCCUUACUUUUAUCUCCACCAAACUAUAUUCUUCUUUUUUUCUUACUUUGUAUCCUAUGGUUUUCUGGUUUCUUCUACUAGGCUUUGUUUGAGAUUUGCCUUUAUUAUUAUUAUUAUUAUUCUUUUGGGGUUUCCCAUAUAUGUUGUUUAUUAGUAACAUAAUACAAUUGAGUUAUUUUGCUUAUAAAUUAAUGAGAUUAUUAUGAUGUAGC